CUGAGCGCGCCGUAGAAACAGGAAGUACUAGAAAAGCUACAGCAAAACAAAAACACAUUGGAACGAAAUUAUCUCAAAAUCACUGUGACUAAAAAUGGACAGUGAAAACCCAAAGCCAAUGAGUAACGAUUCACGCUGCGUGUUCUUUAAUACAGGUUCAGAAGACUAUCGAUGCGUGGUGAUUUUAACAGUAAAAAGGGCCACAGGAACCUUCUCCUUAGUAGGAUGCAUUUUCAUGCUGUUAGUGAUCUGGCUGCUUCGCAGGUAUCAUUCUUUGGCUCAGAAGAUGAUUCUCAGCCUGACUGUAGCUGCCUUCUUUGACAGCGUAGCAUAUGUCAUGGGUGAGUCACAUCCGGAGGGAUCGCUUUGUGACUUCCAGGCCUGGUGGCUAACGUACUUUGGUUUUACCAUGUGAUGGCGUGGGGGGUGCCUCUGGUCAUGGCCUCUUUGCCGCUGCUAAAGGGUUACUAUGGCCCCGCGGGAGCCUGGUGCUGGAUCACAGACGAUCACGUAGCCUGGAGAUUUGGGAUAUGGUACGUGCCUCUGUUCAGCCUCAUCUUCCUGAUGAUCUGCUGCUACGCCAGGAUCAUCUGCGUGGCCAAUGAGAGGAUGCAGUCAUGGUUGGGAACCUUCAACCCAGAGAGAGAGAGACGAAAGCAACAGGCUCCAUAAUGCCUUCUACCCACAGGAUCCAUCCUUCCCUCUCACCCUGUUGCACGUCCUGUCAGCACCACUCCACGGCUUGGCCAACGCCUUUGUCUUUGGCCUGGAUAGGGAUUGGUGGAGCCUACUGAGCCCUACUGGCAUGCAGCUGGCUCUGCAGUCACGGCUGUGUGACAGGACUCGGAUCGGAGAGUACCACCCCGGGGCGGUGCGCUACACACAGGCUGACCUGGCCGACCUCAGCGAUGACGACGACGAUGACACCAACGUGCUCUUCUACUCUCCUGACAUGACCCUGAAAGACCGAGGGCCCUGAGAGAGGACUGGAGAGAGGGAGAGACAGAGAGGACAAAAGAGCUGGAGGAAAAGAGCACGAAGGGGGGUCACAGCAAGGGAGGAACGCAGCGGAUUAGAAACUGAGAAGGAGGAAGAAGAGGUAGGGAGGGAAUGGAAGGGAAGAUUGGGGGGACAGUCAGGCAGAUAGAAGCCGGAGAUGAGCUGUCAGGUUCCAUUAUUAAUCCCCAUCCUUUACUAUUUAAUAUCCUAAAGACACACACACACAUACUGAGCAGAGCUGCAGCUCCCUGCAAUACUACAGUACCAUCAGAGAGGAGCGAGAGAAGAGCGGAUCUAAAGAUCCUCCUAAUGUUAAAGACAUCUGCUGCAUCCCAAAGGUCUUAAAACGAUUUCCCUCUCUGCACCGCCUUCUUGACUCCGGCAUUCUGCAGUGUUUUUGGCAUACCACAAAUAUGAAAGAAAAAAAAAAAAAGGACCUAAAGACAAAGGACUGCUGAAAGGCAAUCAUAACAAGGUGUUAGUUUAGCAUUCACAGCAAUUACCUUUUCACUUCUCUUCAGGGGAUGAGGUGAAAAGCAGGCCUUUUAAAAAGCACCCUGUGUGUCAGUUGUGAAAGCGUCUGCAUCCACACUGAGACUGAUCUGGGUACUGAAUGGUUUUCUAUCCGAAAGGGGGGAGGUGGGGUGCAGUGGAAAUACAGGAGGGGGUUCUAAAAUGGUCACUCGGUAGGGCAAAUAAGUCCAAAAAGCAAGAGUGUUACUGGCAGGGAGUCUCUCCUUCCACAGACAGUAUUUGUUUUCUGUUGUUUCUCUUUGCAUAUGACAUUACUGUUGUUGCAACUUUCGCACAAGUAUUCCUUUGAAAAGAUUUUUGUAUUUUUUAUGAACUCUUGCAUUUAUUUGUUUUACUGUAUUUAUAACAGAUCGAUGUACUGUAUAUAUUUAAGUGUACACACUAUUUUUGUACGUGCCUUGGACUGGAAUGUGAAGAAAAUGCUUCUCUUGGUCCAAACCUGCUGCUCUCACGUGACAGUCGAGCACAACCUGAUUCAGUACAUAUAUAGCCUUAUGAACAACUUUUAAAAAAACAUGUUAUUGGUCAAACAUACUCCCACACACACACAGACAUAUACACACAAUGCUUUCUCUAAGGUGGCUGUCAAAACAGGUUGGAAAAGAUGACACACUCACAGCACCCACGGCAUAGCAACAGCCUUCGAUGGUUCAUCAUCUCAUGGCCAUUGUCAGAGGCUCUGAGGGGACAUAGCUGAGGUGUGAUUGGCAGGAUAAUAGAGUCACUUUAUAUUCAACCUCAGCCCAUUUGGUUUUCCCUCAUAUGUAGGUGGUUUCAUCACUGUCGACGCGUGUUGCCGCUGUCAGCUGCCUCUCUGACAAGUUGAACUAAUGAACCGACACUUGACCCUUUUUACCCUUCAGUUGUUGAACUUUUCUGCUGGGCGUCAAUGACACCAGAGUGCAACUUUAGUUUGCAGUUCACAGAGCCCCACCACUGUAUCACACACACACACACACGCAUUGUGCCCCUACCCCCCUUUUGGCACUGUUGCUGGUUUUACUUGACUGUGCACUCCAUCAAAUAAAUGAGCAGGAGAGACAUUUCAUAACAAA